AUGUCGCUUCAUAUUGAUAAACCGGAUACUAUGCAAAAUGAGAAGGUCCAAAUAAGGGCUAGUGGACUUCGAGCAGAAGCCACUUAUCUUUUUGUAAUGAGGCUACGUCAUAAUUACGGAACCCAUAAGGCUUUUGCUUCAUUUCGAGCUGAUUCCACUGGCAAAAUCGAUUUGAAAUAUGCGAAACCGCUUCGAGGGACAUAUCAGAACGCUGACCCAAUGGGAUUGUUCCUCUCAAUGGCGCCUUGCGAGGAUUUCGCCUAUGGCGGAUAUUUGCGCUGCACACCCCCUAUUCCAUUCAUAUACGAACUACAAAUUAUUGAUGCUGCUAAUCAAGUGCUUGAUACGAUAUACAUCAAAAAACAUUGGAUGCAUCCGAAGCUUACGCGAACGGAAAUCGAGCACGACGGAUUCUUUGGAACGUUGUUCAAACCUCCUGGCCAUGGCCCAUUCCCGGCAAUCAUCGAUCUUUCCGGAACUGGUGGCGGAAUCCAUGAGCACAAGGGAGCAAUGUUGGCUUCUGAAGGCUUUGUGGUUUUGUGCGUCGCAUUUUUCCAAUAUAAAGAUUUGCCGGCAAAAAUGGAACACGUCGAUCUGAAUUAUUUCAAGAAGCCAAUCGACUUCCUUCUUUCUCUUCCAUUCACACAUAAGAAAUUGGGAAUCCAAGGGGUCUCGUUUGGUGCAACAGUUGUUGAUCUACUUGCGACGAGGCAUGGAGAAGUUAUUAAAUCGGUCGUUUCGAUCAAUGGGCCACACGGCAUUUCGGAUUAUGUGUUUAUGAAAGAGAACGGCGUAGAUCUGCCGAUGCACAAGUUCGAGCAGCCGACACCAGAAUCGCUCAAGUUUAUCAAUAAAGUGUUGAUCACUGCGCCGACAUUCAAAGAAAUCACCUUAUCGUUGACGGCUGAAACUGAAAUUCCGUGGUGGAAAGCGCCUAGUGAUGUCAAAUUCAGAAUUAUUGGAUCCGUUGAUGACAUGUGUCAGCCUUCGGUUCAUUGCACCAUUUAUCGCCAAAGACGCCUCAAAGAAACCGGACAUGACGUUGAGGUUGAGCUCGUCAACGGUGGGCAUAUUAUGGAGCCGCCCUACUUUCCGCACUACGAGCUCGUUUAUGCAAAGUUCCAAGGAUUCUAUUGCGGAUACGGUGGCGAAGUUGUGCUUCAUGCGAAAGCACAAGAGCGCACUUGGGCGAAUACCAUCAAGUUCUUCAAACGAACGUUGGGAUGCCCACCGGACAUGCCCGAUUGGGAUCGAUUUACGCAAAUCGAGCGUCCUGCUAAUUAUGAAAACCACAGCAAACUUUAA